AUGAGGGUCUUGGCCUGCCUCCUCGUGGCUCUGAUGGGGAUCCAGGCUGUUGAGCGGCUGCGUCUGGCCGACGGCCCCCACGGGUGCGCGGGCCGCCUGGAGGUGUGGCACGGCGGGCGCUGGGGCUCCGUGUGCGACGACGGCUGGGACCUGCGGGACGCCGCCGUGGCCUGCCGCGAGCUGGGCUGCGGGGGCGCGCUGGCCGCCCCUGGAGGCGCCUUCUUCGGGGAGGGCGCGGGGCCCGUGUGGCUGAGCGAGCUGGCCUGCCGGGGCAGCGAGCAACAGCUGGGCCUCUGCCCCCACCGCGGCUGGAAGGCCCACAUCUGCUCCCACGAGGAGGACGCAGGCGUUGUCUGUGCAGGUCAGCGUGUGUUGGACUCCAGGGAUUGGGACGACUCACCUUCAGUCCUGGAUGGGGACCCCUGGCCGGGGCUGUCUGGGGAGCUGAGCCCCGGCUCUGAGGAGGCCCCGGUGAUGCCUGCCCCCCGCCCAGCCGGGACCCCCCAGAGCAGCUCCCGGAAGAAGAGCCCCCGGCCGUCCAAGCCCGCCAAGUCCACUAGGGCCCCUUUGCUGACUGCGGGAGCCCCCCGCCAGGAGCGGCUGCGCCUGGUCUCCGGCCCCCACGGGUGCGCCGGCCGCCUGGAGGUGUGGCACGGCGGGCGCUGGGGCUCCGUGUGCGACGACGGCUGGGACCUGCGGGACGCCGCCGUGGCCUGCCGCGAGCUGGGCUGCGGGGGCGCGCUGGCCGCCCCCGGCGGGGCCCGGUUCGGCCCGGGCACAGGGCCCGUGUGGAUGGACGACGUGGGGUGCGGAGGCGGGGAGCAGGCCCUGCGGGACUGUCCCCGAAGCCCCUGGGGCCGGAGCAACUGUGACCACAGCGAGGACGCAGGACUGGUCUGCACCGGCCCGGCCCCCAGGCUGCGUCUGGCCGACGGCCCCCACGGGUGCGCGGGCCGCCUGGAGGUGUGGCACGGCGGGCGCUGGGGGUCCGUGUGUGACGAUGCCUGGGACCUGCGGGACGCCGCCGUGGCCUGCCGCGAGCUGGGCUGCGGGGGCGCGCUGGCCGCCCCUGGAGGCGCCUUCUUCGGGGAGGGGGCCGGACCCAUCCUCCUGGACGAUCUUCGCUGUCGGGGAAACGAGACGGCCUUGCGCUUCUGCCCGGCGCGGCCCUGGGGCCAGCAUGACUGUCAUCACCGGGAGGACGCUGGGGCCGUGUGUGACGGUAUGCCUCUGGGAUAUGUCCCUCCCGCGGGGGGAGGCCCGGCCCCCAGGCUGCGUCUGGCCGACGGCCCCCACGGGUGCGCGGGCCGCCUGGAGGUGUGGCACGGCGGGCGCUGGGGGUCCGUGUGUGACGAUGCCUGGGACCUGCGGGACGCCGCCGUGGCCUGCCGCGAGCUGGGCUGCGGGGGCGCGCUGGCCGCCCCUGGAGGCGCCUUCUUCGGGGAGGGGGCCGGACCCAUCCUCCUGGACGAUCUUCGCUGUCGGGGAAACGAGACGGCCUUGCGCUUCUGCCCGGCGCGGCCCUGGGGCCAGCAUGACUGUCAUCACCGGGAGGACGCUGGGGCCGUGUGUGACGGUAUGCCUCUGGGAUAUGUCCCUCCCGCGGCCCCCGCGGUGGGCGGCGCCAGCUCCAGGCCCAGGGAGGCCGCAUCCAGGCCCCCGCGCCCCACGGUGAGCCAGGCCCCGAGGAGAGCAGGCAUUUCACCUCCGCCCGCUUCCCCGACUGCCCCUCAGGAGCCUGGGCCCGAAGCCGGUGAGUCCCUCCUGCUCCCCCCGCCCCAAAUGUGGGGCUUAGCUGCUGCUGCUUUUUUUUUUGGUUAAGAUU